GUGCACCCUCCCAACUGUUCAUUCAUAAAGAUCCGCAGUCCCUCCCCGCUUUGCCAGAACCAGGUCUUUUCACGCAUUCGGCUAGAUGCCAGCAGCAGCAAAGGGGGACACCCCCUGCUAUAGCUGAGGGGGGGCACUACUCACUCCCACCCACCUGAUUCAUCCGCCCUUUGAAAGGAGAUGUUGAGCAAAGCGAUACGAUGGCUGGGAUUCUUCGCAAUACUGAUAGCUACGGGGGCCAACUGGGAAGCAGACCCCCUCUGCCCUCCCAGGUACAAACUCAACUGCCUGCUAAGGCGACGUAUGGGCUGUGGGCCUGAAGGAGGCCCCAGCUGCGGCCCUUGCUUCCCCAAUCAUGAAGAGGACUCUGGGGGAGACUGUGUGCCAAAGAAGGUCUCUAAGCAUGAAGGCAAAACAAAAACCCAGAAGAGGCCCAAAGAUUUGCCGGCUCUCAUCCGCUCCCUCCUGGCCAAGCAUGAGAAAGGUUUGCAACCUCAGGACAUGGAGAUCACGCUGCCUGGCAGCACUGAGAUGUUUGAACCACCAAACUCCCCCACUCCUUUCUCAACCUUUCCCCCUAUGAAUGCCUCCUAUUCUGUGAGCAGCAUCCCUGAAGCAGCUUCUUCCGAGCCCUAUGAAGAUACCCCAGUUUCAACCACCAUGCCCACAUGGCGAGUGAAAGUGGAUUUCAAGCAACGGUCUCGCCCCCCUGCUCCUAAUUUGAACAAAGCUGUGUCCCUCACUCUGGUGGUGAUGUGUACAGUGACUGGUGUCUCUGGACUGGUGGUUGCUGCCAUCUGCUGGUACAGACUACAGAAAGAGGUACACAUGGCUCAGAAGAUGGCCUACACAGCCACUCGGGGGAACCAGUACCGAUACCAUCAACCCAGUGCAUACAUGGACUCCAGACUAGCUCAGUCUUGCCAGGUUCACCACUAUCAACAUCAGAAGAAACUUCUCACCAGUGAGGAAGUGGAGAAAUGGAGAUCCACAAUCCUCUCUUCGAUACCUCCACCAUACAUCAAUGCCCUCCCUAGGGGCCCACCACCUCUUUCAUACCCUCCACACAUCUCCAUAUCAUGGAUUAAUACGGGGAAGAUUCAGACUCACAAAAGCCUCCUUGCUCCUACGGGAAAACGCUCUUUGUGUAUUCUGCUACUUUGAGGAAAGACUCGUGAUCAGCUCCCCCACCCACCUGCCAUCCCACCAUAAUCCUAUGAGAAGGGUGUAAAAGAGGAAAGAUCUGGAGAUUCUUAUUGUUGAUUAGUUUCCAAUCAAUAUCCCCCCUCCUCAACAACUGGGUAAUAACCCCCCCCCCCUUUUUUUUUUACCAUCUGCAGAGAUCCUCUUUCAAGUGAAUGCACAUCUGAAUUAAUAUCUGCAGCAACACUGCUAUGCCCCACAUUAGGAACACAGAAAGCUGCUAUUUACCAAGUCAGACCAUAGGUCCAGCUAGCUCAGUAUUGAGUAAAUUACACAGAGGUAUAGUGACACUACAUAGUGCACUACACAGAGGUACUACACUACUCAGUAUUGUCUGCACUACACAGAUUAGCAGAGGCUUUUCCAAGGUUGCAGACAGGAGUCUCUCUCAGCCCUAUCUUGGAGAUAUCCGAUAAGGAGGGAACUUGGGGCCUUCUACAUGCAAGCAUGCAGAUGCUCUUCCCAGAGCAGCCCCAUCCCCUAAGGGGACUAUCUGACAGUGUUCACACACGUAGUGUCCCAUUCAAAUGCAAACUAGGUUGAAUCCUGAUUAGCAAAGGGGACAGUUCAUGCUUGCUAACAUAAGACCAUCUCUCCUCCCAUGAACUGGCUAGAAGCAUCUUUUGAUGCAAAGGGCAUUAAUGCAAAGGGCAUUGCAUGCAUAUCCAACUGGUCCACCAGAUAUUGUGCCUGGCUACCAGCUGACUUUGGGCCAUACACUUUAUAUCAUUUUAUUUGUUUAUCCAAUUUUGUAACCUCUUUCCCUCUAAACUGACCAAAGUGGUGGUAUAAUAUCAGGUUUUGAACCUUGGGUCCCCAAAUGUAGGGAUGUGCGAACUGGCUCGACCUUGAGCUGGUUUGACAUUGAACUGGUCUGGCUCGAGGUCGAGCUGAACCCUCACCCCCUGAGCAGGCUCGGGGCUGAUUUGUAGGUUCUAGAGUCUUAAACAUUUUUUUAAACUCACCAUUUGGCAGCAUCCUCAGGGGGUGCUGCCACAGCUGAGUGGGGGUGUCUGGUGAUUUCCCCCCCCCACCCCCCCACUGGCCUCACCCCAGUCUCCAAAGGGCCCUUACAGUCCAUUUUCGGGCUGUUUUGGCCCUUUCUCUGGUGAUGGUGGCCAUUUUGGAGGCCGCCGUGCAGGGUCGCAAAUGGCCAGGGUGCAUGCAUGGUGGCCUCCAAAAUGGCUGCCGCCACCACAGAAAGGGCUGAAGGACCCAAAACAGGCCAUAACGGCCCUUUGGAGACUGGGGGUGGCUGGCAGGGGGAGGGGGAAUUGCCAGAGAUCCCUUUGUGGCUGCUGCAGCACCACGCGAAGUUGCUGCCAAACCUGGUGGACCUGAUGAGUUAAAUUAAAAAAAAAAAAAAAGACUCUAGAACCCCUAAACCAACUUGAAUUUGAACCAAGUCUGGAGAGGGGUUGUUUGGGGCCACAACCUCCCCCCAAACCCUGAACAUGCCAGGUUGGGUUCGAGUCCAGUUCAGAAACUGGUUUUGUUCACACCCCUACCCAGAUGUUGUUGGACAACAACUCCCAUCUUCCUCAGGUGUCUGGGGAUAAUGAGAGCUGUAGUCCAACAACAUCUGGGAACCCAAAGUUGGGAACCCCUGAAAUAAUCCACAUAAACAGCCAUAAGCAACCGCAUUAAGGCCACUAAACUUGCCAAACCUGCCCUCCACCCAAAUCCCAAUUAAAAAUCAGAUAACGUUAUCCUUAACUUGGCAGCAAAACCUACAUAGAAUAGUCACCUGGUGAGUCAUCCUGGAGAAGCCGUUCCCUGGCUGCAGUGCCAAUGUCUGUCCUGAUAAUCCAUAGAUCUUGCCUCCCUAGUAACAUGGAGGGCUCCUCUGCAGAAUUCUGGGUUCCUCAAGCCCUUUCCCCUGCACAUGUAUGGACAUGCAUGCAAUCAUGUUUUUACAACUACCUAAUUUCAUCUUUCUGUGAUGUGGACUCUGCACAUAUAAGAAGCUUGACAGACCCUCCCCACUGAAUAAGGGUUGGGAUCACCUUUGCCUCUUGUUAAUGCAUUUGUCACACUCUAAUCUUGAGUCUGUAGGUGUGCCAGAAGUCGCAUUUGGUUCCGGUUCCAUACACUGUAUAAAAUACCACUGUCUACGUGUCUCAGUCUAAUGUUUUGUACAUAUAGGAGUGCCGACUUCUUGGCUUACUUGCUUGAGUUGCUCUUAGCCACCUUGGUGUGAUGCUCCUUGUUCACAUCUGCUCUCUGCAUCUGGCUUGCUGGUCCAGAUUGUGUGGGCGGAGGGACAAUGGACUGGCAUGGGAUCAUGCCCAAUAGAAUCAAGCAUAUAUCCACUGUUUCUUCUUAGUAAGUAUAUAAACCUUUCAUAUGCAUUAUCUCAACAUUCUCUAGCACAGGAAUUCCCAACCUUGGGUCCCCAGGUGUUGUUGGACUAUAAAGGUAAAGUGUGCCGUCAAGUCGAUUUUGACUCCUGGCGACCCCAGAGCCCUGUGGUUAUUAUUAUUAUUAUUACAUUUAUAUCCCGCUCUUCCUCCAAGGAGCCCAGAGCGGUGUACUACAGACUUGAGUUUCUCUUUCACAACAACCCUGUGAAGUAGGUUAGGCUGAGAGAGAAGUGACUGGCCCAGAGUCACCCAGCUAGUUUGAUGGCUGAAUGGGGAUUUGAACUCGGGUCUCUCCGGUCCUAGUCCAGCACUCUAACCACUACACCACGCUGGCUCCUGGUUGUCUUUUGGUAGAAUACAGGAGGGGUUUACCAUUGCCAUCUCCCGCGCAGUAUGAGGUGAUACCUUUCAGCAUCUUCCUAUAUCACUGCUGCCCAAUAUUAUUGGUACUAUUACCAUCAGGGAUUCGAACCGGCAAUCUUCUGCUUGUUAGUCAAGCAUUUCCCCACUGUGCCACUCACAGCCACAUUGUAGCUGGGGGUGAUGUGUGUGCUACAGAUGUGGGCUCUCAGAAUACCCAGCAAAUUCAUGGCAGAGUUGAGAUUUGAAAGGGAGACAUAAGGACAUAUGUUCUUAUAAAUUCUUACCCCAGCUCACUGAUCAUGCACCACCUCUAAAUGCAGACAGGCAAACACCUAAGGGACUCCCUGCUUCCUUUCCCCCAGAGUGCCCUCUAGUCUACUAUACCAAAAGAAGAUCUAAAAUGGAGUCGCCUAUAGCCUAAAUAAUUCUCAUCUGCCUUUCAGCAUGUGAAUGAGACUAGUGUACUUGUUCAAUUAACAGCUGCUGGCUGGGCCCCUCUGAAGAAUUGGACCAUAGCAUGAAAGAUGGAGGGAGAUUAUCUCUGUUUUUGCCCACUCUAUGGUCCUAAUCCAGAUCACCCUCCCUCAACUGCUGUUGCUUGCCCAGAGGUGGGCAGGGGGGAGUUCCCCUUGACACCAAUGGGAGCUUCCUUCCCAGCCACAAUGGAUCCAGUCUAGAUUGGGACCAUGGUGGGAGUAGUGGAUUAACCCUUCCUCCAAGCUGUGGGUCUCAAUCCAUGAGGGUCAAUCUGACUCUGAUCUGCUCAAGCCUUUGGGCAGUGGUGUCGUCCUCUGAUUAAUAUUGAUGGUGUUCUUUCUGACUGCUGCCUGAUAUUUUUAUUUUGUGCUGUGUUUUUUUAUUAUCUCUGUUUUGUUUUUUGCUUUAAUUGUGUCUUUUAAUGUUAUUUUUAUUCUGUUGUAAACUGCCUUAUGGAUGAAAGGUGGUUUAUAGGUAAAAGGUAGUUUAAAACUGAAAUGUAAACAAAUUAAUUGGGGAAAAGAAGCAGCAAACAUGCUAAUCCUAAUCACGUGCUUAAAGUAAUUUCUUGUUUGAUCCAGGGGCUUCUGAAUCCUGACUGUCAGUUGUAAAGUUCUGUCAAAUAUUAAAUCCUAUUACAGGCCAGUCCUCAAUACUGCAAAAUAUGAUAAACCAGCCAUUUCCAAACUCUCUCUCUCUCUGAAAAUCCUGGGUUCUUAUCAAUAUUUCCUCAAUGACAAAAUCAGUAAUGGUGAGUAAGCUUCCAAAAAUAUAGUCUGCUCACUACUACUGAUUUUCCAUUGCAAUGCACAAGGGAAAACAGGGGGUGUUCUGGGGAACUUUCAUUUCACAAAGGCCAACACUGGGCUCUUCCAGAUGAUGAUGUUUUCCAGUUUCAACACAAAUUUCAAUGGGAGAUAAAACAAGAGAUCUACAUGAUGCUCAAGGGUGUCACAUAAUAUUCUUAGAGCCAUCUUUUGGCAAUCUGAGCUAAGCGGUGUCUUUUCAAAUUCCUUUUUAUUCAAACUUGGAGGGGGGGGGAGCCAGCUUUUUUUAAUGAAUUGCCACAGAUUUCCAACAGAUGGCGCUAGGAAUAUUACAUGAUAUCUUUAAAUGUUGUGUGUGGAUUUCUUGUUUCGUUUCCCAUUGUGGUUUGCACUGAAGCUGGAAUGUAUCGCCAUCUGGAAAAGCCUGAGGCCCAGCAAGGAACGGUUCUGUUAUAAACACUGUACUCUUGACCAUUAUGAUUCACCAACCUGUUGGUCUGUCCUUUCUGUUUAUCCGACUCUAGGAUUUCAACCUAAAGCUUCAAGCUAAUAUAUGCAUGGAGCUCUCAUUAGUCUAUACCCCUCUUCAGUUCUUUAAUGGAUGCAAGUAUGAGAUUACCUCAGCUCGGAAGUGAAUGAGGAAGGUUCUUGCUCAUGUGAGGAACUCCAAACGUACUUUGAAGCUCCCACAUGUGCAAAGAGCUGCUUGUCAGAGAUGUGUGUGCUUGCGCUAUAUUAGUUAUGGCUCAUAUGUCAUUUGCACAUUGCAUCUUGGUGUGCGUCACCCAGUGAUGUGGGAUUUCUGGAAAACUUUGAAUUGGAUAGUUUUUCAUGCAACUUGCCCUCAUUUGCAUAAAAUCCACAGAAGAUAUUUUUCCUCAGAAAAUUUCACUAUGCAGAUUUCCCAGCGCCCUAGGUAGCUUGUGAUCUAAUCUGGCAUGUUAUUUCCAGUGAUCUGGGAUGGAAAUUUUUCUGCAGAAAAAUUUGGUAGUGGAAAGUUUUCUGCCGCACAUCACUGCCGCACAUCAAUGUAUAUGCAGGCUAGAGUUUGUUUAACAUUCCCUGUGUGCUCCACCAAGACUCUUCCUUAUUUUUGCUAUAAUGGACUUACACCGUCGGAAGGGUGUAAUUAACUUGUGUUUCUAGAAGUACUGGUGCCUAAAGGAUGAUUCUGUCUCACACAGUCUGUACAAGUUUGAACCUUGAUGGAAGAACAACCCCCCUUGGCUUAAGCAUGGAAUCUCUUUACCUGCAUGCAGUUGACCUGCUCCAUGUAUGCCACAAGCAAGACCUCUUCUCCUAGUGUGCAUGCAUAUAAGGAUUAACACACGAAUGUAAAUUUUUUCAGUGUUAAACAGAACCUGAGCAUUAUGUAUGUAGUUUGUAUGUUAUCUGGGGCUGUCACCCAAUUAAGGAUCUCUACUAGAAGAAAUUAGUUUUAGUCAAAUAAUCAGUUUAAUUUGCCUAUAGGUAUAAAUAAUCACUCUGAAGCAAAAAGAAAAAAAGAAUACUUUUGUUAUCUUUAGAUGUAGUAGACAUUUCAGAAGAGGCAUUUCUUCCUGUGUGAGGGAGAAGGGAGAGUUCCUCUUCCACAAUGAUGCUUGUCAUCUGCAGUUUGUACAUGUACCUGUGUUAAAAAAAAUGUAUUAAACUUGCUACUGGAUUGACUGGAGGCAGCCUUUUAAUCAAUCAAAAGGUUUUUAGAUCAGCUAACUUGAUGACACAUUUUACCUUUACCUUUAAUCUAUUAUUUAUUUAUUUGACAUAUUUAUAUACCACCCAAAACUUAGGUCUCUAGGCAGUUUACAAUAAAACAAUAGAAAUUAAAACAAAAUUAAAAUGUUAAAACAUUAAAAUAAUUUAAAACUUAACACAACGUUAAAAGCUGUAAGCCUAAUUAAAAGUCAGGGUGAACAAAUGUGUCUUAACUGCCUUUUAAAAAGUUGUCAGAGAUGGGGAGGCUCUUAUUUAAGCAGGGAGCCCAUUCCAAAGCCUCGGGGCAGCAACAGAGAAGGCCUGGAGAAUCUAACCAAAUAAUCAAAUAAAUGUUGUGGGCCUAACAUGAUUGUGUAUGUGUGCGUGCACACACACACAUCUGUAAAAUGUUCCACACUAAUCUGCUUUUGUUUGUUGUGCAUAGAUUGCAUGUACAUACAUGUGCCACUAUGUAGUGCUAUAUUGACAGACCUAGAGUUACCAUGUGGUUGUUUGUAACUCUGGCCCAUCAUGUUUUUUGCUAUUCAGUAUUGAGGGGCGGGGAGUAAAGUGACACGUGCUUAAAUAAAUUAGCAUUUGCAAAUGAAA